GCCCUGAGGUCUCUUCCUGAAAAUUAAAAGUCGAACAAACGACCAGCUCGCACAUUUGGAUCGAAGAACACAAUCUUUGAGAGAGAAUAUGUCGUCGUUUCUGCAAUCGUUCCUCGAUCCGAAGAAAGCGUGUAUGCACAUGAAUGCGGUCUCUACUCGUCUUCGAAGAUAUGGCCUCAGGUAUGAUGAUCUGUACGAUCCUUAUUACGAAAUGGACAUAAAGGAAGCCAUGAAUCGGUUGCCGAGAGAGAUCAUCGACGCUCGUAACCAGCGUCUCAAGCGCGCCAUGGACCUCUCCAUGAAGCACGAAUACCUUCCGAAGGACCUUCAGGCAAUGCAGACACCAUUCCGCAGCUAUCUUCAGGAGAUGCUAGCUCUUGUUAAGAAGGAGAAAGCAGAGAGAGAGACCUUAGGAGCUUUGCCCCUCUACCAGCGUACCUUCCCCUAAGCAUCCCCUCCGCUUCCCAGUGGCCGUUUAUGGUCCUCUUGCAUAAACCUCCAAAUCAAACACAAUUGGUAAUCUGGUAAUUGCCAAAUGUGAUAUUGAUAUCACAUUUGGCAUAUGCUGGCCUGAAUAAAACUUUGAAUACAACUGAGUCAUUGUAUCAACGGUUUUUUUUUCUUUUUCUUUUUCUUUUAUUGUUAUAUUGGUUUGGGAGAUUGUCAAAGGGUGUCUAGUUUUCCCUCGGAGGCUCUCCUUGAUCCUUGAAGGAUGGAUGUUUUGUUUGAUAUAUGAUUCGUCAUGAAAUAUUUGGUAAGAGUGAGGUUUAUGGUU